CAGUGCUUGAGGCAGGCAGGGCGGGUCUGACGACGUUUCCAAACACGAGCAUGUUCCAGAAGCUCUAUUUUCCUCUCUCAGCUGAUAGUGACGUAACGCGUGCAGCUUAGACCCGCACACACGGCAAACAGGGUUAACUGACCGCUUGGUUUCCCGGUGGGGGGACAGUAGAGUAGACCACUGAGGCACAGCGGUACACUGCGGACAUAUUGUGUUGUUGAAAAUAUUUGUGUCGGGGCGGUGGAGAGGAGGACUGAAGGAGGAGGCUGUCUGUGCGGCUGUCACGAAGAGAGCGGGAGCACAUACCAAGUUGUAUUUUCCUUUCAGGGGCAGUGCAGUGAGGAGUGACAGGAGGCAACAUGGUGGAUUACUACAACAUUCUGGGAGUGUCCAAAACAGCCUCUCAGGAUGACAUCAAGAAAGCUUACAGGAAACUGGCUCUGAAAUGGCAUCCAGACAAAAAUCCAGACAACAAGGAUGAAGCAGAGACAAAGUUCAAAGAACUGGCUGAAGCCUAUGAAGUCCUAUCUGAUACGAGUAAGCGUGAAGCAUAUGACAGAUAUGGAAACGACAGAAUGGGACACACAGAGUCCUCCAGCUCAGACUUUUCAUCAGAUUUCCCAGGAUUCACCUUUACAUUCCGCAACCCAGAUGAUGUGUUCAGAGAGUUUUUUGGCGGCCAGGAUCCCUUCGCUAACUUCUUUGAUGACUUCUCAUCCUUUGGAGGCUCAUCCUCUCGCCUCGGCCCCAGUCGCUUCUUUUCUUUUCCUUCAGCAGGAGUUGAUUUUACCUCCUUCUCCUCUUCCUUUGGUGGUCUGGAUGGGAUGGACAGCAUGGGUGGAGGGAUGGGCAACUUCAAAUCAGUUUCUACCUCCACUCGCAUCAUAAAUGGCAAACGCACCACCACCAAGAAGAUAAAGGAGAACGGGCAGGAAAGAACAGAGAUUGAGGAGGAUGGGGUGUUAAAGAGUGUCCUAAUUAAUGGUGUGGAGGAUGAAAUGGCCCUCGCACUGGAGCUGAGUCGACGAGAGGGACAGCCCCGUCACUCACCUCAGAAGCCACAAAUCCAAAACAGAUCACCUGCCGAGUAUGACAGAUCCCGCCCCAGCCCUUACUCUGCAGCCACACACCGGUCAUUUAGCUCCGCUCCCUUCUACAACUGCGAGGUUGUGGGCGGCAGCGAGGAUGACGAAGAAGAUGAAGACCUGCAGAUGGCUUUGGCAUGCAGCCUGUCAGAAAUGGAAGCCCAGCAGAGAGCAGCUGCUACUGACUUCAUAUCAGACUCAGACUUCGAGGCCUUCACAAGCUAACCUGAUUGGCUCAUGCUGUGCUAUGCUGUGCCCUAGCCCUGCCCUGAGGUCAAUUGCCCACGAUGCACUUGUCUCUCUCUCUGCCCACCUUGGCUCCUACCUGCUGAAUGACACUUAAAAAGAUACAAAUGUGUGUUUUUUAUGUAUGUGUGUACAUAGCUCAUUGUGUAAACUGGAAAGUUUGUAUUUUGAAACCAAGGGAAAAAGUUCUAAUCAUCUCUGCAUUGCACUAAGUAACAAUGUUUCAGCUGAAUUUUAAAUUUGCCUGGAUAUCUGAUGAAUAAGACAAAUAGGAAAAUGUUUAAAAACAUAUACAACAGAGAAAAUAAAGCAUUUCCUGCUCAGUC